AUUUAACUCUUCAAUUAUUUCAUCGACUCGCAAGGAUGCUCGGCAAUUCAUCCUAUACUUAUAAAAGGAAAGAGAUUGUUAGUUGCUUAUGAAACGCACAUUUCUUGUCGUCGACUAUCAUGUUUGAGAUAUCCUAUACUCAGCCACGGAUUAAGGAUUCCCUCUCUUUUAUACACAAGGUCCCGGAUGUGGGACCAUUAGCAUGCUAUAUACCUAACGAACACUCUUCGAGCGGAGAGGACGCGGCGGUUCAGUGUUCAGUGUUCAGUCGACGAGAAGACGCUGUGUCGCGAGGAUCAACAGGUGCGAACGAACGUCUGUCGCCGAAGAACAGCAUGGGGAACAUAUACGUCAGCAGCCUGCUCGUCAUAUUCGCGACACUUCUUAUCGCGGUGCAAUGCGGCGACAUAAUGCGCAAGAGCAUCGUCUUCGAUAAGAAUACUCCGGAUGUGUUUUAUUGUCCGCAACACAAACCGAUCGGUUUCGAAAAAAUGCUGGUCAAGGCGAGACCGCUCUCUAGGCUUUGCCAAUUCGAGGGUCGCCCGAUACCGGAGGAUUACAAGAGUGACUGUUAUAACGACGUGGACGAAACUGAGUACGCGUGCAAGGAAAAGUACAGAAUUAUGAAGCGAUUCAGUAAUCCGAAUGGGGAUACGAAAGCCAUUGACAACGACUACAUCGAGAAAUAGAAAAAUGGGAAUGAUGCUGCACUGCCGCGAUCCACGCGCACGCAAAUCAUAAAACUCAAAUAAAAUCAAAGUCACAUCAUACUAAUGCUCGGCUGCUGCAUCGUUGAGAGAAAGGAGCUCUCAACAUUUAUAAAUAACAGUAUAAAAUAAUACUUAGCACGGCGACUAGAUAACUCGUGGUUAUUGUAUAAAUUGAUUAUUCACUUCUUCAUAUUAUAUAUUAUAUAUAUAGUAGUAAAUAUGGAAUAUUCAUAUUACAUAUUUGUUAUAUAUUACAUACAUAUGCUCCUAACGAUAUAGUCAAAUUAUUGACGCAUCAUGGAAUAUUCACGAUGAAGAAGUGGAUAACAAAAGAAUAAUUAACACGAGCAAGAUGUAUAGUAAAAAUAGCGAAAAAAUAUUCCAAUUAUACAUUUUUUUACAAAUUUAUCUUUGGCAUGAAAUACGGUAAUAAGGAAUAAUAGAGUUGAUGUUCUGUUUUUCAAGCUUCCUUUUUAAGAGGAAAUUAAUUUUUAUAACAUUAUUGAUUAAACUAAUUGCACAAUAUAGAUUAGCUGGGUGAUUGAUCAUUAACCCUCUGUUGGAGUGUCAAAAAGUAUAGAUGUUUUCAAACAUCUGGCUAUGUUAGUCAUAUGUUGGAGAAUUUAUUAUCAAAUACUGUCAAUAUUUACUCUAUAACGGAUAAGAAAAAAAAAUGGUUAACCAGGAAUAUUAUUCUAAAGAAAUUAUAAUUACACCUAAUAAUUGGUAAUAAUUUAUAAAAGAAAAAAAAUAAUCAGAAUCUCGCACAUUAAUAGAAAUCAAAAUUGUGAAUUUUUUUUUUAUAAUCUGUGAAAAAAAUUGUUAAUCAUUAUUUCCAUAUCGUACAAGCAUACAAAUAAAUGAAGUAUUUGUAGAA